GGCUGUGGCGGUGAGCGGUUCGCGCGCUUCGGGCCUGCUCGGGACGCUGGGCCCCUGCGCGGUAACGGGUCGGCGGGCACCCCCCCCCCGUGCACCGCACCUCCUUCCUUCCUGUGCCCCCGGGCUCUGGCUCCCGCCGCGGCUGGAAAUAUGUCCGAGGGGGUGGAUCUGAUCGAUAUCUACGCCGACGAAGAGUUCAACCAGGACUCCGAAUUCAGUAAUGCUGACCAGAUGGAUCUGUACGACGACGUGCUAGCAGCAAGCUCGCAGCCACCCGAAAGCCGCACCAGCAGCUCAGAGGCACCGACCGAGAUCCGCCAGGAGCAAUCCCCCAAGCCAAACAGCAAAUCGCCUGCCAUCCUGUACACCUACAGUGGCCUGCGCAACAAACGGGCUGCCGUGUAUGUGGGCAGCUUCUCCUGGUGGACAACUGACCAGCAGCUGAUCCAGAUUAUUCGCUCAGUGGGGGUCUACGAUGUGGUGGAGCUGAAAUUCGCGGAGAACCGAGCCAAUGGCCAAUCCAAAGGGUAUGCAGAGGUGGUAGUUGCCUCUGAGAACUCAGUCCACAAGCUCCUGGAGCUGCUGCCUGGCAAGAUCCUCAAUGGGGAUAAGGUGGAGGUGAGACUGGCCACCCGGCAGAACCUGUCGCAGUUCGAGGCACAGGCUCGGAAACGGGUGCCGCCGAGGGCUCACUCCCGGGACUCCUGGGAUUCGAUGGAUGGCCGAGCCACGCCGACAGAGAAUGCCGUGCCGCCCCCUCGUGUGGAGAAGCCCCCUUCCGUGCUGCCUUUCUUUAACCGCCCCCCUGCUGCCAUGCCCCUCAUGGCCCUGCCCCCUCCCCCGAUGCCUCCCCCGCCACCUCUCUCCUCCAGCUUUGGAGUGCCACCUCCCCCGCCAGGAAUCCACUACCAGCAUCUAAUGCCCCCUCCUCCUCGACUGCCCCCCCACCUGGCCGUGCCACCUCCAGGGGCGGUCCCUCCUGCCCUGCAUCUUAACCCUGCCUUCUUCCCCCCGCCAAAUGCAACGCUGGCCCCCCCGCUGGACACCUACAAGGCCUCUGCAGCAUAUAACCACAGCAGUCGAGAGCUGGGCCCACUGCCUCCCCCAGUGAGCGAAGCCGAGUUUGAGGAGAUUAUGAACAGGAACCGAGCGAUUUCCAGCAGUGCCAUUUCCAAAGCGGUGUCCGGAGCCAGCGCAGGGGAUUACAGUGAUGCCAUAGAGACCCUGCUCACGGCCAUCGCUGUUAUCAAACAGUCCCGCGUAGCCAACGAUGAGCGGUGCCGCGUCCUCAUCUCCUCCCUCAAGGAUUGUCUUCAUGGGAUCGAAGCCAAGUCCUACAGCAUGGGUGCCAGCAGUAGCUCCUCCAGAAAAAGACACCGGUCUCGGGAGAGGUCGCCCAGUCGGUCCCGCGAGAGCAGCAGGAGGCACCGGGACCCACUCCAUAAUGAGGAUCGGCACGAGGACUAUUUCCAAGAAAGGAACCGGGAGCAUGAGAGACAUCGGGACAGGGACAGAGAAAGGGACCGGCACCACUGAGAAAGGUGAGCUGGCCCGAGGCCCUGCUCCUUCUAUCCCCCUUGUUCCGCAGGGCCAUCUACCUGCUGCCAAUGGGGCACACCUUCCCCUAGAGGGACGUGUCAAACUCCUGGGGGUGCAGACUGGACAUUACGUAGUCUAUUUCCCCUGGCUUUUAGCAGUUGACUCUCCAUGGCUAACAUGGCAGCCCCUCCAGUUAGUGUCAUAACUACACAGUGGCCGCCUUCUGGAUCUCAAGCAACAAAUGAUCUUUCAUUGCCUGCAGCGUGUGUUCCAAGAGGGAAAGCCCCAAGGGAGAAGAGAAGGGAAUGUUCCCAUAUCUCCUCUGAUGGCUGCUGAAUAACCAGCACUGAAGUCCCUCAUUGGUGGUUUUCCACUGAAACUGCAACCAGCUUGGUGCUGCUACUUAUUCAUGUGCAUCAGCAGAGUCAUUUCCAGCUCCGUUCCUCUCCUUCCUGUGUCUUCACAUGAUUGAACUGUAGUAGGCUGUGAACCCACAUUGCCCGCACUGAACAGCAGAGAGCGAGCUCCUUGCCCUUUGCACUCUGUCCUCCUUUCUAGGUUCAGUGCGGGCAGUGUGAGGACAGGGCUUUCCUGGGUCAGGUAUCCUCCAGCUAUGGAAUUCCCUUCUGGGGUUAGCCUGCCAGAGUCCCUCACUGGCUGAUUACAGCACCCUGCAAUAUCCUCCCUUCCUGUUAACCAUCUUCAGAGCCACGGGACAUUGAGCUCUGCUGUUUGUGGGUGGCUUGGCUGGGGAGAAGUGGCUUGUUGGAUUUUUAGGAUGGAAGUGUCAAUAGCAUGUGUGUGUCCCCCCUCCCCCCAGUAGUGAGGGGACAUGAUAGUGGUCUUCAAAUACUUGAAAGGCUGCCAUAAAAAAAAUGAAGAAAAGUUGUUCUCUCUUGCUACAGAGGGCAGGACAAGAGGCAAUGGGUUCAAGCUAUGGCACUACAGAUUUAGAUUAAAUCUGCUUCCUAAUUCUGAGAACAGUAGGGCAAUGGAACAGACUGUCUAGGGAGGUUGUGGAAGCUCCUUCACUGGAGUUUUUCGAAAGAGGCUGUCUUGGAUGGCUUAGACACAACAAACCCUGCAUCUUGGCAGGGGGUCAGACUAGAACUAGAUGACCCUUGCGGUCCCUUCUAACCCUCUGGGUCUCUGGUUCUAUUAUAGCUCUACUGGAGAGGGCCAUGCGACCUUUUAAAUUAGGGCUGAUGGGUCAGGGCUGCCAGUGUCAGGCCAUGUGCUUCUUUCAUUCCACUAUUUCAGAAUCACUUGGUGGGUGCGGGGAAUGGAGGGCACUGCACAGUUUCCCCUGUGUCUACCCAGAUGUACAGCCUCUCCUGCUUUCUGUCGGGGCUUUUGUACAGCACUUAGUCCUAAAAAAUUAAAAACAGCUACCCACUAGAAUUGCCUUUGAAGGUCUUGACUAAAGCCCAGCAGCGUGACUCAUACGCUGCCCCUGCUCUCCUCUGAGAGAGGCCACCACUAAGGAACAAGCUGACUCAGAAAUUACAAAGCAUCAACCCUGCAAACAUAACAUCCCAUGGGAGCUCUCCCAAUCCUGCCUGGGCAGCUGGGAUAAUGCCAGGAUUUCUGCUGCCUCCCUUACCUCUAGCCAUACUGAGGUGGGCAGCGUUAGAACUGCAGACCAGCCUCCAGUAUCCUCUCGAGAGCCACGGUGUUUUGGUCCCGUUCCUGCUGUGUAGGAAAGUUCUCUCUGCAGGACUCAGUGCACUGGUUGGGCUGCCUCUGGGUGAGACAUAGGAUGGCGGUGUCCUUAGUCUGUUGCGGGGGGAGUGCUCUGCGUUCUUUGUGCAGCUGUGAGGAUUUUAUUUGGCAAUGGGCUGGUGCCUCUUAAAUGAUCUGCCUACUGCUGGAGUGCCUUCUCCUCUGAGCACGGUCGCACCCCGACACACUCCUGAUUUGUACUAGGGUAAGACCGAGAGGCCCCCCACUGCAACUGGAUCAGCUGCUGAGAGUUUCUUACCCAGAUCAAAACAUUGGUCUCCAGGGGAGCCCUGGGUUUCAAACCCACGAUUGCCUUAUGCUUUUAAACAUUCAUCCCCCACCCCAAAAUGUUUCCAGUGUGAGUAUUGUCCAGGCAUGAUGGGGGCCUGGUGGUUAAAGCAAAGAAAGGGGGUAUUGGGAAUGGAGCCAAGCUUUCUUUGCCACUGAUUAACAGUGAACUUUGGCAAGUUACUUCCCUUUUCUGUGCCUCAGUCCCCCCUGCCCCUCUCCAGUGGCCGUAGUAUUUGUCUACCUGCCACGUACUUGUAGCUUAACCCAUUACCCUUCUGAAGCGCUCAGAUCCUCGGCUGAAAGACAUUCUAGAAUUGCCCAGUGUAACCUGGUCUUGUUAGCACGUCCUUUGGUGUAGAGAACUGCCUGGGGCAAGUCCCCUCUCAGCAGAACCCGUGUGGUUUGCAGGAUUUAUUCCAGAAUGUACAUUAAAUAUUCCAGGUGAAAUGACUGCCCUCUAGGUCACUGGUUCCAAUCCAGCCUGGGUUGGUCAUGACCUUCUGGCGAUUUGACCUGUGCAGGUUUGGCUGAUCUCAGUCGGGUUCCUAGUGCACAAGAGUCCUCGCUGGAGAGCCCACGAUCUGUUAGACAUGAAUUGGCCUCCUUGGCAUUCCCAGCUGUUCAGCCGAGGCCAGAAUGGGCUGUGGAGGUGGAGUGCCUGUCUCGCUCCUACAGGUGGCCCCCGGGGCAGGGACAAGGCACCUCACCUGGUGGAGCCUGCCCUGGGGGUGGAGGACUUCCCUCUCCAAGGCCGUGGAUGCUGCACCUUGAUCCUGUCAACACCAGACUUGCACGAAGACAAAUGUUAAAAGGCAGGUCCGUGGGGGGCCUUUGCCUCCAGUGGGGGAGGCUGACUGGGCCGCAGGCAGACCCUUGCUGAGCAGUUGGCAUCAGUGGCAACUCAGGGCCUGGUCAGCACAGCAGGGAGACUGUGUGACCUGUUGUCUUGUUCUGUCCCUUCCAGGAGUUUGGUUGGCAGUAAGUGUUUUUAAUGGACUUGUAUCUCCUCACCUCGAUCAGGACUGAAGGACGGAGACCGCUCCACCCCUCUUCUCCCCACUGCCCCCAGCUCCUUCCAGGCACCCAGGGAAAGCCACGUCGCCUGCGGGACUCCAGCUGGCACAUGGUGGCCUCGGGACCCACACUCGCUGCUGCUGCUUCCUGGGGAAAUGCUGGAAGACGUGGAGUUAGGGAGGGAUAGCGUCGGGGCCACUGUGAGCAGGGAGUGCUCCAGUCCACGGAUACUCGGACCCAAAGAGAAAUGGUGCUUUUCCAUGGAAGCUUGUGAGCUCCUUCCUCUCCAUGGCCCUUCCGGGGACAGCUGGAAGGGAAUCCAUCACCCUCAUGUGUGCUGGGGAGGGUUGGAGGUGGGGACGCAGAUAUCCCUGCGUGGUGUCUGCCGCCUGGCCUGCUUGGCUCACUGGGGCCAGUAUCCAUGCCCUCCCAUGGUGCACUGUCUUCUCGUCCUGUGUUGGGGAGCUCUCCUGAGGAGUGUGAUCCCUUCUCCCAACCAGUUCUAGGUCUGGCUUGACUGGCCCAUUAUACUCAGCUUAGAUAACAGCAUUUCCUCUUCCCCCUGCCUCAUGGAGAGCAGGCUGGCUGCUGCUUCCCAUCACCUCUUUCUGCUCCCCGUUGCCGUUCCUGUAGGCGCCUCUGAGUCCUCUGCGUUCUGCCCUGGCUCCUCUAGGGGGUUUGUCCGGAACAGAGGUGGCCCCUCUCGGCUGGACUCAACACCUCUGGCUCGCCAUGCUGAUCUCAUGCAAUAACUGUUCCAGUUCACGUUUUCCCCUACCGCAAGCCCCAGCCACCUGUUUCUCCAGAGCCAGCCUCCUCCCAGAGAGGCUGCCUUCCUUGUUUUAGAGGAAGCGGCAUGGGCAGAGACUUGAGUGUUGUGAUAUCGGUGGAUGGAGAUGUGGUGGGCUGGGGGCUGGCUGGAUGAGCCCAACCACUGAUAACCCUGUGAGUUGCUUAGCCUUUUUGGGUGGUGGGAGGUGCAUUGAUUCCAGGGAUGGAGAACUCUGCUGGGGAAUCCCGCCCCUUCAUAAACACUCUAGGAAUGGGAGCUCCCAUUUGAGUGCUGCGUGGGGGGUUUCUUUAGACAGCACCGCUGCUUGCUAUUGCUCUACGGUGCGUGAUGGUGAGCAAAGGGUUUGGGGUGGCUGAGAGUUGGUCUGCAUCUAGCUAAGGCGCCUUGGUGCCUCUUCCAGCACAUGGGGCGGAUUGUGUCCAACAGUGCGAUGCCUGAAGGGCCAGGGGAAAUAUAACCACCAUUUCCACCACAGCCUUCAGCUGGUGAUUCUCGAAGGCUGGUGGGGUAGGUGGUGUGGAAGGAGCCAUGUUCCCUCGAGCAAAGGAUGCUGUAGGGUACAGGUGGCCAGAGAGCAGCCUGCAUGUGUCGCACCACAGUGGCAUCUGAGCAGCAGCCUGUGGAGACUACACAUCCCAGCAUGCAGUUCUCCAGUCACUUAGCUCAAGUUAUAACACAUUGCAUGCUGGGACCUGUAGUCUCCAGAGACUGCACCUUUAUGUAAGACUGAGGUCAGCAACCACCUGCUGCAUUUCAUGACAUUCAGUGUGGCCCUCCUGGCAAGUUGUGGACACAGCUGGGCAAAACCUGGGCACCAUCCCCCCAGCAGAGGUCUCGCGCUCCAGCUGGGCACAUCAGAGAGGGUGGCAGGGGCCGAGAGUGCACAGCCUGCCUGGAGGCUGGUGAAGUGAAGUGACACCUCCGUAAGAACUGUGAUCAGUGAGGAAAGGCCAGCUCUGGAUGUCUUUUUUUAAAAUAAAAUGACAAAAAACAGAAACUUAAAGUGAGGUGACAUUAAAAAAAAAAGUGUAAAAUACCAGAAAACCCUUUGACAGGAGAGUGUUCUGUUUUUUUACGUAAUGACACAAAUUUUUAGUUUAUUUCAGAAUAGUGGGGGGAGGGGGGGAUGAUAAAAAAUAAAAUAAAAAGCAACUCCCCAAUUCCCCUCCCCCAGUUCUCAGUGAUUUGAUUUUUGUCUCUUUAUGAUAGGUUGGAAAUUGUGUAAUAAACUUGAUGACGUUGUCAAUCUUUUAUACUGCAUUGUAUGUUUUCUUUUUUUUUUUCCUUUUGUAACAAAAUAUUUUAAAUAAUAAAUGGGGUGUGAGCUGUUUUACGGAA